AUGGACAGAAAGAUGAAUGUGUCGUAUAUUACUCUAGGUGGGUAUGUAGGACUAGAGAAAUAUAGCUAUGUUUAUUUUCUGAUCAUUCUCACUGUUUAUAUUUUAAUCAUCUGCUUUAAUGCAACUAUUGUAUGGCUGAUUGUGACUCACCAAAGCCUGCAUGAACCCAUGUAUAUUUUCAUUGCAGCACUGCUAAUCAACUCUCUUCUCUUCAGCACUUCUAUCUACCCAAAGCUGUUGGUUGAUGUUUUAUCUGAGAAACAGGUCAUAUCACAUUCAGUGUGCCACUUUCAGUUUUUCCUGUCUUACUCUGCUGGUGCAUCUGAGUUCUUACUGCUGUCAGCCAUGGCCUUUGACAGAUAUGUGUCCAUAUGCAAACCUCUGCAGUAUCCAGUUAUAAUGAGGAAAACUUCUGUUAUUGCUCUCUUAGUUCUGGCUUGGUUUCUGCCUGUUUGUCAGUUUGCUGGACAUGCCAUAUUAAGUGCACAAAGAAAACUCUGCAGCGUGGUCUUAAAUGGAAUCUUCUGCAACAAUUCUCUGUUCAAGCUUCACUGUGUGACCUCAAAUGUAACAACUACAUAUGGAUUAAUCAUCUUUCUAAAUCUUGUAAUCUGUCCUUUCCUCUACAUCAUUUUCACAUACACAAAGAUCCUCAUAGUGUCCUACAGAAGCUGUCGAGAAGUCAGGAGGAAAGCUGCUCAGACGUGUUUACCUCACCUGCUGGUUUUAGUUAAUUUCUGUCUGCUGGGCACAUAUGAUAUACUUAAAAUCAGACUGGAAUCUCACAUUUCUAAAACUGCACGUUUGAUAUUGACCUUACAGCUGAUUUUGUACCAUCCUCUCUUUAAUCCGAUUAUAUAUGGACUUAAAAUGAAGAAAAUUUACAAACACCUCAGAGGACUGUUUGUUAAAGUGAAAUGUUUUCAAAUUUCUUUGAAUGUGUUCACCAGACGUGAUUGA